AUGGGGAAUCAAUGGGGAUUCGGGCUCCAUCUCAUUUUCAUAAGUAUUUUUUUGUGUGCAACCACUUAUACGUGUUUGGGUUUUAAUAAUACGAGUGUAAUUUGCCCUGAGCAAGAGCGAUUUGCUCUUCUGAAGUUCAAAGAGAGCGUCCAAGAUGACUUUGGAAUGUUGUCAUCAUGGAUUGGCAAUGACUGUUGCAGGUGGGGAAGAAUCCAGUGUGAUGCUGUCACUGGAAAUGUGGAAAGCCUUCAUCUCAGAGGAGAUUGGGAUGAUGUAUUUCUUCCUCAAACGCUAUACUUAGUUGGAAAUGAGGUGAGUUCUUCUUUGGCAAAUUUGAGUCAUUUAAAGUACUUGGAUAUGAGUUGGAAUGAUUUUAAAGGAAGUAAGAUCCCUGAGUUCAUUGGAUCCUUGAAACAACUUACCUAUCUCAAUCUCUCGGAUGCUGGUUUACAAGGUAUUAUUCCUCCCCACAUUGGAAAUCUUUCUAAUUUAGAAGUUCUUGAUCUGAGUUCAAACCGAGAGCUGAUGGUAGAUGAUAUGGCAUGGAUUUUUGGCCUUUCAUCACUCAAGCAUCUCGACUUGAGUUUCAUCAAUCUUUAUAGUGCAAAGCAUGUGCAUAUGGUGUUUUACAUGAUUCCUUCCCUAGAAGAGUUAAAUUUGCAUGAAUGUGACCUUUACUUUUCUGAUCUUCGUCAUUCUCAUAAUUCGAGUAAAAUACUUCCCAAAAUCAAACACUUGGAUCUUGGGUGGUCCAAUUUCAAUGGACCACUCCCUCGCCUUUUGCAAAACAUGACAUCCCUUGAAUGCCUGGAUCUUUCAGGCUUUAAUCUUAGUUUGUCAUGCAGCUUUGCAGACUUGCUAAAAAUGAUCCCUUCUAUCUCAGAGAUGCAUUUGACAAAUUGUGGGCUUCAAAAUACACAUCUAUCUUCCCCUCGUCUCAAUUACACUACACUUUCUAACCUCCAGCAUCUGGAUCUUACAAAUAAUCUGAUUGAAGGCAAAUUUCCAUCUCUUUUAACAAACAUGAGUUCCCUAAAAGUCCUUGACCUUUCCGAAAACAUGUUGAAUUCAUCGGUACCUAUUAUGCCUAACCUCAUAGAGCUUGAUCUUACUCAGAACACGUUCAAGCAGAUUGAGCAUACUGGAAUCUUGAGAAUGUGUCAACUCAAAAAAAUGAGUGUGUCAUACAAUCCUUUUGAAUUAGAAACGAUUGAGUCUCUAAAAAAUGCAUCAGAAUGCUCCAGAUAUUCUUUGGAGAGGCUGAAGUUAUGUUCUAGUUUGUAUGAUAUAAUUCUGGAAUCACUUGGUAGAUUGGCAAAUUUAAGAGAAUUAGAUCUAUCAAACUGCAGAUUGACAGGUCCAAUCACCGAAUCUAUAACAGGGUUAAGAUUUUUAGAAGUAUUAGAUCUAUCUGAUAACCCGUUAACAGGUACAAUUCCAGAAUCACUUGGUGGAUUGGCCAAUUUAAGAGAAUUACAUCUACCCAACUGCGGAUUGAUAGGUCCAAUCCCGGAAUCUGUAACAAGGCUAAGAUUUUUACAAGUGUUAGAUCUAUCUCAUAACCAGUUAACCGGUCCAAUUCCAGAAUCUCUAGGAAGACUUGUUUCAUUACAAUCCAUUUCGCUGACUUCAAAUAGAUUAAAUGGGACAAUUCCGGUGUCAAUUUCACAACUUCCAAAACUCCAUUCUGUAGAUAUCUCUAACAAUUUUUUAGAGGGAGUAGUUUCUGAAGCCCAUUUUGCUAACCUUUCGAUGUUGAAGCACUUGGAUACAUCUUCUAACACUGGAUUAACUUUCAACGUUUCACAUGGGUGGAUACCUCCAUUCCAGUUGGUUAGUUUCAGUUCUUGCAAGAUAGGAAGCGAAUUCCCACAGUGGCUUGAGAGUCAAACGACGCUUAUUAAGUUGACUUUGUCCAAUGCAACAAUUUCGGGACCUCUGCCCACAUGGUUGCGCAAGAUGCACAUCAAGUUCUUAGAUCUCUCUCAGAAUAAACUCAUUGGUCCAUUGAGAAACCUUCCUAAUGGGGGGAAAAUUCAUGUGUCUAGAUAUCCAUUUUAUGCGGGAUUAUUUCUGCAAGAUAACCUUUUCAAUGGGUCGAUUCCAACGUCAUUGUGCAGAAGGAUAGAUUUGAUCAUUCUUGAUCUUUCUAAAAAUAGGUUAACUGGAAAAAUUCCCAAUUGUCUGAAGAACCUGCAAAACUUGGAGGGCAUUAGAUUUAGCUCAAACAAGCUGUCUGAAUGGAUUGGAGAAAAACUUCAAGAUUUGAUGGUUUUAAGGUUGCGUGGGAAUAACUUCAUGGGUAGAAUUCCUCGAUCUGUGUGUAACAUUUCAGAACUUCAAAUUUUGGAUGUUGCAUACAACAACUUAACCGGAACCAUCCCCCGGUGUCUAGGAAGGUUGCAUGCCAUGGUAUCAGAUACUGGUGGCAAGAGUGGUGGUAGUGACGAUCUUGAAAAGGAAUAUGUGAAUCAAGUCAUGAAAGGUGUUGAUCGUGUAUACACAACAAGUUGGAAAAUAGUUUUCAAUAUGGAUCUUUCAAGCAAUCAACUUGUUGGAGGUAUACCAGUCGAGCUAACUGCUCUUUCUAUGUUGAUGGGUCUCAAUUUGUCUAAUAACCAUCUAACUGGGUUUAUCCCACACAACAUUGGAAACAUGACAUCAUUGGAAUCUCUCGACUUCUCAAUAAAUGAGUUGACCGGGAUAAUCCCUCCAAGCAUGGCAGCUUUAAACUUUUUGAGCCGCUUGAAUUUGUCACACAACAACUUGUUUGGACAAAUUCCAAAAGGAAAUCAGUUGCAGACCCUUGAUGAUCCAUCAAUAUAUCUUGGGAACAAAGAUCUAUGUGGAGCACCAUUGCCAAAGAACUGCUCAGGUCAUGAAGAUCCAACAACGUACAAGAAGAAAUAUGAAGCGCCUGUUGAGCCUGCAAAGUUAUGGUUUUACGUGGACAUAAUUUGUGGUUUUGCAACAGGGUUUUGGGGUGUUAUUGGAGUUUUGUUGUUCAAGAAGCAGUGGAGACAAAAGCUUUUCAUGUUUGCUGAGGAAACCAUAAACAAUAUAUACAUUGCAAUGGUGGUAAGAGUUGUCAAGAUGAAGAGAGGAGGAGAAGCCUUAUAG